ACAGGGCAGCUAUCAGCAAGGCACUCCAGAGUCUGUGUGGUGCUGGAGUGCACGUGUGCGAGGGAGUCGAUUCUGGGGAAUAUUUUGUGCUUCCUCCACCACCCUGACGACACAUUGCCGAGGGAUCAGAACUCGACUCUCCUACACACCCUCUGCACAUGCUCCUACUUAGAUGCGGAGAAAGUCACCUCCUGGGUCCAACUGAUGGUGCAAUCAGCCUGGUUGCUUCUGCCUCAGUCACACCACUGCCAGCUAAAAGGUCCUGCCCUCCUCCAAGUCCUGCAGGUUCCAGCUGACAACAACCCCCAAGGUGAACAUUUGCAUGGAGAUGAUGUUAGCAGUGCAGCAAGGCAGCUCUACCGUUGCCCUGAGCAGAGAGUAGGCAAAGGAGAGCUACUCAUGGCAUGGCACAGCCAACAGGACAAUCUCCACCUCAGGGGUCUACAGCUCUGCGCCCAUAUCCUGGUGGUGUUAUUUUCGCUUUUCCACCCAUGCCUGUAA